AUCAGCAAAAAUACUAACAAAGGCUGUUGUUGAUGAAGAGGACAUAGAUGACAUUAUUAAAGAUAUCAUUGAUGAAAAGAGCUUUUCCCCAAAAACUGUGGUUGAACCUCUUAGUCCAGAACCCUCAAGACCUGAUCAGUUCCAAAUGAGAGAAUUUUCUGGACCAUGGGAGGUCGAUAUUGUCUAGCAGCUUUACCAACAUUUCCACUGCUUACUGUGCUGUUAGAAGACAUUUAGGGGUAAACUAGAGCGAAAUAACAGCACAGAACACUUGAGAGCUAGGACUGGUGGCUGUAAACAAACUUAAUGGAACCACGGGAAACCUGGCAACACCUAUGAAAAGUGGACAUCUAGCUAACUAAAAUAAUUUUGGACAACAGUUGUUUCUGGACGAGAGAGAUCUGGAUUAGAGUGGUGCAACCUGUAGAAGCUUUAUCUUCUUCAGUCUACCUUCUUUGCCCUUAUCUUAAUUGAUGUUGCAGUCUGGAAUGCUAGUGUUUCAUGGAAUCAUUGUCUGGUGGUUAACGUACAGACCUGGGAAUCAGAGUUAAAUUUCUAGCCAUGCUAAGCAUUUACUGUGUCACUUUGGGCUAGUCACUUAGGCUUCAGUUUUUAAGUGUAUUUACUAAUUUUCAGUGCCAUACUUGAGACAUCUAGGAUGAGCUUUAAGAAGAAAAAAAAGAAACUGAGAUCUAAAUCUGAAAAUCCCACAUCUGAAGGAAAUAGUGCUUCCAUUCAGGCUCAUGGUAAAAGUUGUUGUCCAGUGUAUAUUGGCGGAAGCUCUACACCACAUGGUAUAGGAACAAAUAUUUCUCAGAGAACAUGUGAUCAGCUACGUUGUACUGCCUGUGACUUCCAUGUGUCUCAUUACAAUGACUACCAGUGGGAUAAAUCAUGUGAUUAUCUCUUUUUCAGGAAUAACAUGCCUGACCUCAGUAAAUUAAGAGUGAAGAUGAUAAAGAAGAAGGGAUCACGGGCUUAUGCUUGUCAGUGCAGUUGGAGAUCCAUUGAUGAGCUAACUGACCUCCGAACUGACCGACAGCUUCGUUGGGUCUGUGGUAAACAUGUAGAAUGAAGUCUUCUUGAGUGUUUGGUAUGCAUUCCUGUGUGAAAACAGACUCUCAGGACAAACUGACUUCCUUUUAGUUGGUAUUCCCCACUCCUUUCUCUGCUCUCAGAAAAUGGAACCUGAAUGUAUUAUCUAGAACUAGAUAGAGACACUGAAUUCAAAACUGAACAUUUUUUCUUCUUGCUGUAACUGUCUCAUGAAUUAAGAUUAUUCACAGAGGAAAUAUUCAGCUUGGAGACCUUCUGUUCCCAGCUGCAAGUUACAUUAAAAAUGUCAAUGAUAAGUGGACUUGAAGCUCCCCUCCCCUGUGCCAAUGGAGGGAGAAACAAAGUGGAAUCCAACAUGAGGCACAGAAAAGGGGAAAAGAAAGAGCCCCUAAGCAUGGCCUCCUGAGCCAGCAGAAGACCUGUACAAGAUCUUUGACUCCAUGGAGAUCAAAAAUGUCAAGAGCUGUGGAGCAGCCAUGCCCUGUGGCUCUCUUUCAGAGGUAGGUGACUAUCCACACGGAAAUUAAUGCCCCUACUACUACUUUGCCUGUAGCCCUAUGCAGGGGAGGUAAGGUUUGCAGCCAAAGGAGCAAGUAGUACAGUGCCAGAAGGAUAAGGACAAGACCAAGUGUCACCACGCAAGGCUUCACUUUUCUUUAUUCACAAAUCCCAAGAGCUGCAGAGUUUGCAGGCUGCCAUCCAAGCUCCUUAGUGCCCAUCACCCUUUGGUUCCUCAAAGCCCUUUUUCUGUAGUACAGCAUUCUGUGGAGACUUUGAGUUGUAUCACUUAAAUUCUUGAGCUUUAUCUAUAAUUAGAUGCUUUAAAGCAGGGCUACUCAACACAUGACCUGUGGGUGGGAUCCUUUGAACAUGGUCUCCACUGGGAACAUGCUCCACAAUGGUGAGGCAUCUCC